GGUGCCCACACUCAGUCUAUAUUGUUUGGAUUAUGUUUUUAGUAAAAUCAAAAGCCGAAACAAUGAAAAUACGAACAAAAUCUUGCGACAAGAAAGCGAAUUGAAUGAUUGGCUUUCAUCCACAAUAAUUAUACAAUUGGUGAAAAAUCCCGUCGAAUUUAAUCACACAGCCGAGUUGAAUGUGGCGGUUGUGCAUAAAAAUAAAAUCCAAUUUAUUCAAAUAUGGUACGAAACGUAAACACACACAGCUGAACUGUCGAAAAGCGAAUGUAUUUGGUAUAUAAUACAGACAUCAAGAUCACAAACAACCAGUGUCAAUUUGGUUCGAGUCUAUUUUGUUUAUUUGUCCAGGUCCAGCGUGAAAUUAGAUAGAAGUCAGCCAACCAGCUUGAGCAAGAGAAGGGCUUUGUCUUGAAUAGUUUUCGUCGUAAGAAAUCGGAUCUAAUUAGAUCCAGAGAGCGUGUGUUGCGGAAUUUGGUCACCGAAUUGAAUAAGACAAGAAAGAAAAAACAAGCAACAACAUUAGUGUUUGUGUAAUUGCAAUAAAAAAAAAAGAUACGAAAAGACGAGUAGAGCGAAAACUUGUGUAUUUACGUGCAAGCAUAUUGCUUCGGUUUGAAUGGAAAGUGACGAAUUCGAUUUAAACAAUUUACGAGAAUGGAAACCCACUAAAGAUGUUUUCGAGAAAAUUCCGCCGAAAAUCCAACGAGGUUUCUUUUUUCAAGAGUUGAAUAUCACAUGCAUCGAUGUGCUACCCGAAUUUUUGGCCAUUGGCUCUGAUGUCGGCAUCAUAUUCUGGUACAAUCGUCGUAAUGGCAACGUACAAAAGCUACGCACCGAGUCAACCGCAGCGAUAACAUGCAUCAGAUUAGUAUCAUCGGUUGAAUAUAUGGUGGCGGCUGGCAAUGCACACGGUGAAGUCAGCAUAUUUCAAAUACAAAAAGAGUUGCCCAGCGAAUUGGCGUCACAUGAAAUAGCCGCAUCGCUGAUAACAUUCAAACCAAUUGAACGUUACACCAUCAAAGAUGUAUACCGCGGCGCAAUUACGUGCGUUGAAUGGUCGAAAAAUGGCAUGAAACUCUUUUCCGGCGAUAAUCAUGGCAUUGUUGUAAUGACGGAACUGGAUUUUGGUCAACAUAUUUGCAAAUCGAUGGAGGUGAUCAAUGAAAAAUUCGGAAUCGUUCAAAUGCAAUUUUGCAAUCCAUAUCUGCUGGUGUCGACACUGUACCGUGCUGUUGUAUGUAAACGAGACGAAAUGAAUGAAUGGCAAGUGUCACAAAUUGGACGAACGGAUCGGAAAGUUUUAAAUGAUUUCGGCGCAGUAUUCACUCCAAUCGAUGUUGAUCAUCGUAAACCGCCGUCCGUUAUCGGCGCUCGGCCCGGUUUUCGCUUUUGGAUGGCCGACGUCGACGGCAACGUGUCACAUACAUUUCUGCUGAAAGAGAGCGUCAACGAAUUUCGAUCCAUAUUCGAAGUGCCAUUAUUGAAUCCCGUACACAGCAAAGUGACGAACAUUAAAGACACAUACUUUGGGCCAUGCCAUUACUAUAUGGGCAAAUACAUUGUGACCUAUUGUGAAUCUAUGGUAUUUAUAGUGAAUUUAGAAAAACUUAAGGUGAUGGCUACGAUUAAGCGCUUACGAAACAUACAGUAUUUAACGGUCAACGGCAAUGAGAUAUUUAUUGUGGAAGGUGGUCGCAGUAUUGUACGCAUAUCGAUCGUACCCGAUGGCCUGGGAUUGGCAGGCAGUACACAAUAUGUGUCAUCAAACAAUAACAAUAUGAUGAACGAUUCAAAUAUUGAAAUCCAAGAAGAAACGGUCACACAAGCGGAUGAAUGCUUUGAAUUGCCACCAAUUGAAACAAUUCACUUGAACGUACCACUGGCCUGUCGAAUCGGUGAACAUCAGUUGUUGAAAGAGGACAAAUUGUUGCUUGAGCAUAGCAAAAAAUUGCAAGUGUUUGAGAAAAUUAAUACAUUAGACUAUGAUGAAUCGAUCUUAUUUCAAACUGGUACAAAGAAAAAGAAGAAAACAUCGGUUCAUUCGACGUCGAGUGAUGAGGCGAAAAUCGAUGGAGUGGUCGAAAUUGGACGACAAGCGGAAUUUUUUACCGAACAAACCAAUGAAUUCGAUAAAACCAACCAGCAAAUCAUUGAUCGUCCACCAGAAAUAAGCUCAUUCACUGAAUCGACCACCAAACCGUGUUUGAUGCAAGCAAGUUUUUGUGAUUUCCUUAACAACGGCUUCGAAUCAGCCAUUGCGAAUACUGAUCCAAACAAACCUCUAGAAACGAAGAACGGAGCAACCACUGCGAUUGCAGUGAAAAAGGAGAUUUUUGGUUCUUAUCAAAGUUUAAAUUCACAUCAAAGCUUGAAAUCACACCAAAGAGAUACGUUCAAUCGAAAAGAAAACGCUAAUAAGAAGGAAAAAUUGGCAUCGCCUCAUAGAAGUUCACCGGAGGAGCAAACACAUUUGAAGCCGGUAGAAUGGGGCUAUCCAGCUUAUCCAAGCAACGAUCUAUUUAACCGGCAAUCAGGGUCAUUUUCGAAUAAUUCACAGUUUAGAAAAUCAAUUGUCGACGGUGUUCCCAUGAAAAAAUCAUAUGAACUGGGACAACUCAUGUAUCCAAACACAAAUCGGCCAACUAAUCGAAUAUCGAGAACAUUUCAUAAUGGUGAUUCAUUUGGAGAACAAAUUAUCAAUGGCAUUUCCGUAGAGUCACCACUUUCGGAGGUUUCGUUGACGAGUGAAGACGACGACGACGAUGAAGAUGAACCGGAUGCAAUCGAUAGCCUAGAUGCAAUCAAACAAUGCGCCAAUAAUCGAACUCCGGUCAAUUCACCGCCGAAACCAAUACAGCCACCUCCUGCUGUCACUGCUGAUCCAAAAACUGUAAAAUAUCUCUCUAGCCUAGCAAACUUACCCAAAUUAUGGGAUAUCAAAAUCGAAAAAUGUGAUGAAAAUCAGUACAACGGCGAUGCCAACGGGAGUUCCAAUGGUAGCUCAACUAAAGAAGGUAGUGACAGUGAAUGGGUAUUUCUGUAGCAAAAAACCAAACUCUUUACGGCUUUUCCCUUUAUUUUCUGCUUUAAGCAGCAUCAUCUCGAUAUUUUAUGUUAAAUUUAAGUUGCAUUCACUGUUCGAUUAAAAUUUUCUGUACCUUAUUUGCAUGUAAACUCUUGAUAUUCUAUACAAAAAAAAAAAAAAAAAAAACAAUACAAAAAAAACUCGAUAAUCUUUUUGAUAGUGGAAAAGAAAACAAAUUUUUUUUUCAACGAACAAAUUUCACUAUUUUUCUUAACAAUGUUUAAAUGUUUAUAAUAUUUAUUGCAAACAAUUUGUUGAUUUAUUUAUCUCAUAAAUUUGGCAAAAACAAAAUGUGUGUACGUGUUUUUUCUGUUCAUUCUCACAAUAAACGCUGUUUUCAAUAAA